GCGCGCGCGAACGCCGCGUGCGCAUUCGCUCGCGAGAGCUCAGCUGUGUGCGCCGUCUUCGCCGACGUUGCGUGCGACCACGUGAAGCGCAGCAGACGAAUCGAACGGGCGAGCGAGCGAGCGUACCGCUGACCGGCCGACUAACGGAACGUAGGUGCGUCGCGCAAGGCUGCGAAGCACGCAAUCGAAAGCGACGCGACGACCGGGAUUUUCACCGAGCCGAGCGGAGUUUCACUUCUAACCUGAAUUCGGCGGGGACGAGCGCCGAGUAAGCGGGUGUGUAUGUGUACAUGUAUGUUUGUCCCAGCGACCCGUCUCGGUUUGUGUCGAACGAUUUGUCAUUGUUAUUGUCGAUCGCUAUCAUUGUCGGCGAACGUAACACGGAAGUCUUUACGCUUGCCAGCGAUAUCGCGGUACGCACGUCGCGUGCGCGGCUGCCCGUAUUGUGGCACAACCGUCGCCAGGGUGGUCGCGUCUGACCCUGCUGCGUAAAGCAAAAGACAGAGAAAGCGCCAUCGGCUUUACGAGAACACGCUCGCUGCACGACUCGCCAAAAUGUGGCCGAAGGACGUCGGUAUCCGGGCCCUGGAAGUCUACUUCCCGGCGCAGUACGUGGACCAGAAGGAGCUGGAGGUACACGACGGCGUGUCGGCUGGCAAGUACACGAUAGGCCUGGGCCAGUCGCGAAUGGGCUUCUGCAAUGACCGCGAGGACAUAAACUCGUUGUGCCUGACCGUCACGCACCGGCUGCUGGAGCGCUACAAUAUCAAGCCGCGGGACAUCGGUAGACUGGAGGUCGGCACCGAGACCAUUCUCGAUAAGAGCAAGUCCGUGAAAACCCUGCUGAUGCAGCUGUUCGAGCCGCACGGCUGCACCGACAUCGAGGGUGCGGAUACCACCAAUGCGUGCUACGGCGGCACCGCCGCGCUCUUCAACUCCAUUGGGUGGGUGGAGAGCAGCGCCUGGGACGGCAGAUUCGCCUUGGUCGUUGCGGCCGAUAACGCGGUGUAUUCCACGGGUAGCGCCAGGCCCACCGGCGGCGCGGGCGCGAUCGCCAUCCUGGUGGGCCCAGACGCGCCCCUUGUAUUUGACCGCGGCCUCCGUGCGUCCUACAUGAGUCACUCUUACGACUUCUACAAGCCGAAUCUGCGCUCCGAGUAUCCCAUCGUGGACGGUAAGCUGUCCAUCCACUGCUACCUCAAGUCGCUGGACAGCUGCUACCAACUCUAUUGCGAGAAGGUCAGGAGAAAGAGCCCCGGCGAGAGCCCCGUGACACUGGCCAACUUUGACGCGAUGCUCUUCCACUCGCCAUAUUGUAAGCUCGUGCAAAAGUCCUUCGCCAGGCUGGCCUUCGUCGAUUUCCUCAACGCGCCGAAAAAUCAGAUCCCCGACGGUUACAAAGACGCGGUCAAGUUCCGCACCGCCAAGCUCGAGGACACUUACUUCAACCAGGAGAUCGAGAAAGCCUUUAUGCAGUUGAGCAAAGUCGAUUUCGAGCAAAAGACCAAGCCCAGUCUGCUGAUAGCGAAUCAAGUUGGAAACAUGUACACGCCGUCAGUGUACUCUGGUUUAGUAUCGUUACUUGUAUCCAAGCCGAUAAACGAGUUAGCGGGCACCAAGAUCGGCAUAUUUUCCUACGGCUCGGGCUUGUGCUCCAGCAUGUACUCGUUGACGGUAGCUAAGGACACGCGAGAGGGUUCGGCCCUGUCGCAAAUUAUUACCGCUCUUUCCUACGUCAAGUCGCAAUUAGAGGGACGUCACUGCGUCUCGCCGGAGGACUACACCAGUGUGCUGGCUGCGAGGGAACGAAACUGCCACGUUGUGCCAUUCACUCCGGAAAGUAGUACAGACAACAUGUUCCCGGGCACAUAUUACUUAACGCAGGUGGAUGAAAAAUAUAGGAGGACUUACAAGAGAAUAUGAAGCCAACAUGUUAGACUUCAAGGUUUAGAAUUAUUUAUAGUUAAUUUUAUUGUAUAAAGAUACACACACACACACACAUAUAUAUAUAUAGAAAAUAAAAGGU